CCAUGUUGGAUGCGCGGGGUUUGCGCAGAGAGAUGAAGACGCGGCAGGGAAGCUCCCAAGCUAAGGGUGCCAAGCUUCCUGUUUUGUUUCACGGCAAUGGCUUCACUUUGCGGCCCCCUCGGGUAUAUAAAGAAUCCUCAAGGUGCCUGUUAGCUGCCAAAUUCGCUCUACUUCUCCAGAACGGCUCCGAAAGACUCGACAGGCACAAGGCUAAACCCGGGAACAGGAUGCCUUUCCAAGUGGUCGCCCUCCUCCUGGUCUCAUUGAGCUUUGUGUUGAUGGAGGAAAAUGGCACCAGGGCAAACACAAAGAUCUUGCAGAGGCGGUAUUCCGAGGGGACGAUAGUAAGCGAUUACAGUAAAACUCUGGACAGCAUGCUGAAGAAGAAAUUCGUGGACUUGCUGUUGAAAAUAAGAGAAAACAGGAUGGAAAACAGCAUUGACCCAUCCAAGAGAGAAGUUGAAUCCCCAAUAUUCAAUACAAACUCUCAAGGAUUUGAAGCUGGAUCUCAGGGGACAAAGGAUUUCUUUAUUUGCCUUCUGCAACAAAGCCUUAUUCUGCCAAACGGUUCCAAUCAGUGGAAGGACCUCUUGAAGAAAGAAUUUCUGGAUUGUCUGAUUUCUGCUGACCUCUGCAGGCCAAUUGGAAGCCCCGCCCACACUGUCACCUCCCAACCUCCAGGGCCUGGAGGGCAGCGUGGCGAGGGCUGCGACGCCCAGCAGGCUGGCUUAAUGGUGACACCUCGUGAGUGGGCGGGAUGUGGAAGAGGCGGCGACUCCGUGCGGAGCCGCCACCGGGCCGCCUAA